AUGGCGGAAUUUCUGCCCCUUUGCGACGUUCUGUUCAACGUGAUAUCGUUGGCCGGGUACUUUUGCGAUGUAGUAUUCGAUCUUGUCAUGGGCUACGCUCUCUUAGAGCGGGGGUAUAAGGGCACCUUUGCUGCUACGUUGUCGAUAGUUAUCACUUCACUAUUGAUAUCACAGGUGCUAUCAAUUCGCUGGUACCUCCACAUGUGGUGGGCGAGCGAGGGUCGUAAAGGCCGCCCGCCCUGGCUGCCUAUAUUGUUGCAUUGUCUGCAAAUGGGAGUCCUCUGGAGGUACGCGAGGUUGUUGGUUCCAGUUGAGCUUAGGCGGGUGAAACAUCAAGUGAGGGAUUUAUGCAUGCUACGUUUAGUCCACGCGUUCUGUGAAGCAGCGCCAAUGUUACUCUUGCAACUGCACAUUCUGCUCAAGGAAGCUCACCUUGAGCCCAUCUCCACGGAAUUGGGGGUGACACCUGAACCCAAUAUUGAUGAACCAGCUGCUAAUAAAGCCUUUGCCGAACUGAAUGUGAUAUCGGCUAGUUUGUCAUUAUUCUCCGUGUGCUGGGCGCUGGCGAGUUUCAGUAAAAAUGUCCGGAUGCAGAACGUACAUCGCUUGGUGCUCACUUGGCUUGGGGUUAUAUUUCAAUUCCUGUGGCGGCUCGGGACCAUAUCAGCGCGCGUAUGUUCCCUCACCGUGUACGCUCUAGUCUAUGAAUACUGGGUUUUCUUAGUUAUAGGUCUCCACUGGGUGUCGAUGUUUCUGUGGCUGAUUUCACCGAAGAAUGUGUUCCACGGCGAGAGAAUCAGUCGUCCGAGAAAGGCGUAUCUCUCGGCUCUCAUCGCAUUUGUCUAUGUCUUCGCGUACAUCAACCUGCAGGACACAAAUCAUAGACAAAAGAUGGUGAUAUUCUACUGCGUGAUGAGCAUAGAGAACUGCAUACUGAUCACCGCCUGGUGGUGGUCCGGGGCCAGGGUGGGUCCGCCCCCUUCCAGACUGGCCCCUGCGACGGCCGCUGCCUUCUUGGCUGGGCUCGGCUGUAUGCUGCUCUAUUACAGGUAUUUUCACGUACGACGACUUGGCUACAUGUUGGGAGACCAACAAGGCACGAACAGUACCAACGCCUCUUCAAAUAAUAAGAACGGCAAAUCGUGUCAAAAUGACCACACCGUGAUACCAGGAGUGUUCAAUUGUAGAUUCACUAAUCCUGUUAACAGCAGUGCAGCAAAUGGGCGCAAGAAGAAAAAGCCGACGUCUUUCGUGCCCCCUCCCGCGGCGCCCGCCCCCGCUGCCUUCUGGCGGAGACCUUUGCCCGCGGCUCAUAAUCAUCAUGGUGGGUCAUCCGAAAACGAAGGCUCCAGCGUCGGCUCCCGCGUCAACAUCCAACAGAAACUACAAGAGAAGAAGCAAAAACAACUGGCGGAACUACGAGUUAUUGAAGAAGAGAUAAAACAGGGGAAAUUGGCGAAAACUACUCCAGUAGCAGUCGAAGAGAUUUACAGCAGUCUGCAGAGGCAGCCGAUACCCAGGGCCAAAACUCACGCGGAACCGGCCUGGCCGAGCAUAGAAGUCGCUCAUUCCUACCAAAACUACCCCAUCCCCAACUACCCGACGUACACAGAAAUAAACACGGACGCAGAGAAACGCCCGUUUCAAGACCGAACAUUCUACGAAAACCCAGCAAAUCUAAGGGACGGCCAAAGUCCCUACACAAGCCGGACGUACGAGGCGAACAGAAUUAACAGUCCGCGGUUCACGGACGUCACGUACGACACGGCCGCAGAUAAAAGGCAAUACACGGAGGACAGACAGGAGUUCGACCAGUUUAAAUACGAGGACAACGUGCAGGGUAACCCCGAGAAUUUGAGGGUGUACGAGUGCCAGUUCAACUGUGUCUACCCAUAUUCAGGGUUGCAUGGAAAGAAAAUCGAGCAGAUUAGGAAAAUGCAAAGGUGUAGGACGCCGGAAAUAUUACUGGCGCCGCAUUAUUUGGAGGGGUGCAAUAGACAAGUCUGCUGUCAUUGGCCCAGUACUUAUGGAAGAAAGAAAGAAGAUGGCGGCAGUAGCGCGGAACAAUCCAGUCCGGAGAAUGCGCGUGAGACGCCCAGACCGCCCAGUGAUAUCGAUAGUCAGAUAUCUCUGCCUCGCUCGUACACGUUACCGCGUGAGUUCCGCUACUGGAGAAGGCGGCCGAGGUUAAGGGACGCUCAUCUUCCCAGCAACAAUAGUAGUGAUGGUGACGUCGACAGCGGAGACAAUGAAAGCGAUCACCGCUCGAAUUGUUCAGCGAGUCAGCUUCAUCCACAAACGUACGGAGAAUUCUACCGACCACCUGACAUGAUCCCGCGAGAAGAGAGAUACGACGGCGUUUAUGGGGCGUGUGAUAGGCGACCCAGACGAACCAGGAAGCCUGGGCCUAAACCGGAAACUAAGUUAUAG